CCACAAAUAUAAUUGGGAAAAUUCUGCCGGUCAAAGCAUGAAAACGGAAAAACACCAAAAUCACGGACUCUACUCUCCCCACUCGCAACAUGGUACAGUGGAGUCUCUUUUCAUUUGAAAAUCUCCACUCUCUUUUGAUAAACUUCCGCCGAUUUGCUUGACCACCGCGUCUCCGCUUCGUCCUCGUAAUUACCCCUUUCUAAACCCAUUUUCAAACCUUAAACCCGAAUCAUCUGCUCGGUUUGAACACCCCCAAGUUGUUCUCCCAUCAGUUUCAGUACGUAUACAAGUGUAUACUUUUACGUUUAAAUGUACGAAAUAAAUGGCUAGAGUACUUAUUAGGCAAUUAAUGAGAUUGAAGGAGAAUGGACUUUGAUGUUCGGUAAUUACUGCAGUUGUUUUGAUCAGAAUUUUGGGUCAGGCGUUUAUCCUAGUGGGUCUCUGUCAUUUUUUGGAUCAAGAACUGUGUGCAGAAAAAGAGGAGUUUUUUAAGGGAUAAAAGAAUGACGAGUAUAACGGAUGCUACAAUAAUUCAUCAUGUGGCCAUUGUUUUGCUGCUACUAUGGUUGCUUAAUUCCUUCGAUUGUUGCCACCCUUUUGCUUACUUCCUCUCCCUCAUCUAUCUCUACAUGGUUCAUGAGCAGUAUGUGACUAAAUUACGAAGGAAACUACAGUUUGAGGAGAAAAGACAGUCUUCUCAGCGCCGAGUCCUUUCAGACUCCGAAUCAGUGAGAUGGUUAAACUAUGCGAUUGAGAAGAUAUGGCCUAUCUGCAUGGAGGAGAUUGUUUCACAGAAAAUUCUCCUCCCAAUCAUUCCAUGGUUUAUGCAAAAGUACAAACCCUGGACUGCUGUAAGAGUUCAAACUAUGUUUUCCUUUUGCUGAACUGCCUAAUUACUU